UUGGAGAAGAAAGUGCAAACAUCUGGAGGGCAUUUCAGUCUUUGCCUAAUGAGGAAAUGACCAGGUUUUUGGAACUCCCCACCAUUUCAGCUUCCCUAUAUGUGCCUGUGGACUGUAAUGUGAACAAACAAAAACAAAAGGAAAGUUCAAAAGUUGAAAGUUGAACGAAGCAAAGAAAGAAAGCAAAGAGAAAAGGGGAAACAAAUAAAGAGAAAAGGAAAGAUUUUAUGCUUUUGGGGUUUGUUUGUUGCACACCAGGAACUUAGUCGACACCAUUGCUACAAGCAUUCUGCAUAGUGUAGUUCUGCUGCUGGAAAAAUAAGAAAAAAAUAGCUACAAUUAGUAACUCUACUAUGAGCUCUGGUAGUGGAACUACUAGAACUUUUGAGUUUGGGAGGACCCAUGUGGUCAGACCUAAAGGGAACCACCAGGCUACAAUAAUUUGGCUGCAUGGUCUUGGUGACAAGGGCUCAAGCUGGUCUCAGCUCUUGGAAACCCUACCCCUUCCAAAUAUUAAGUGGAUUUGUCCAACUGCUCCUACCAGGCCAGUGGCAAUAUUUGGUGGACAUCCUUGUACUGCAUGGUUUGAUGUGGGAGAUCUUUCAGGAGAUGGUCCUGAUGAUUUGGAGGGUUUAGAUGCUUCAGCAGCACAUGUCGCCAAUCUGUUGUCAACAGAGCCUGCUAAUAUUAAACUUGGAAUAGGUGGCUUUAGUAUGGGUGCUGCAACUGCUCUCUACUCUGCAACCUGCCACAUAUUAGGGAAAUAUGGAAAUGGAAACCUGUAUCCGGUUAACUUAAGUGCAGUUGUUGGUCUAAGUGGUUGGCUUCCCUGUUCAAGGACCUUGAGGAACCAGAUGGAAGGAUCAAUCCAGGCAGUGAGGCGUGCUGCAUCCUUGCCCAUUCUGCUGUGUCACGGCUUAGGUGAUGAUGUGGUUGCAUACAAACAUGGAGAGAAAUCAGCACAGGCCUUAAAUUCAGUUGGUUUCCGGAAUCUCAUGUUUAGAACCUAUAAUGGGCUCGGUCACUAUACAAUCCCAGAAGAAACUGAUGAAGUCUGCAAUUGGCUAACUGCAAGGUUGGGUCUUCAGGGGUCACGAUCGUGACAUCAAAUAAGUUGGUCUGGCAAUGUGGAGAUAGAGAAGAAGGAAUUUAAUCAGACUUAUGUGUAAGGAUUAGAAAGAGGUACUCUUGAUAGAUGCUUGGUGUGGGGUAUAUGGUAUAGCUGCAUUUUUCUACUAAACAUUCCCUAUCUAUCGUGCUUUCCUAAAUAAACUUUCUCGCCAUGAGUUAUAUUUUGGUUGACUGGCUGCUAGGAGUUGGCGGUGGUAAAUUUUGUUCAUUCGGUUGGAGUGGAUGGGAGUUGUACUGCCAUUCUCUCAAUCUAGGAAAUUUUGGUUUGGUUGAAUUAUGUACCCCAAUUAUAAGGCUGUCCUGCGUUUUAUGUAUUUUAAGUACAUAAUAAAAGCUGGAAUUGGAUGGAUUCAUUUCUUUCCUA